AUGUUGCCCUCCGCAUUGGCCCAAGAGUGUCAACCUGGAGGUUACAGCGAAACGGGCCAGGAACCAUGCACUUCGUGCACCGCCGGGGCGUACCAAGAUCAGGCCGGCUCGACCUUUUGCAUGGGCGCUGAUGCGGGCUACUAUGUCCCCAGCGACGCUGCGACAGCAGAGACCAUCUGUCCCGCGGGCUCGUACAGUUCGGACACCGGAAGCACUGAAUGUACCACAUGUCCUGCGGGCUCCUCCUGCCCCAGCGAAGGCGAGACCGCCCCUCAAUCGUGCGCGCCGGGCCAAUUCCAGGAUCAGACUGGAGCGACGAGCUGCAACGACUGUGCAGCGGGUUCGUUCAGCGACGUGUCCGGCGCAACGUCGUGCUGCACCUGCUGCUCCGGUUUCUACCAGGAUCAGACGGGCCAGACGUCGUGCACGAUCUGUCCCGCCGAGGGAAGCUUUGCACAAGGCUACUCCGACCCCGGCGCGACCGACGUCGACCAGUGCACUGCGCAAGCCGGCGCGGUUGCGACCUGCGACCAGGACACUUCGACCGGCACUUGUCCCACUACGACUGCUGACCCUGCCACGCCCACCGGCGGAACUCGCAAGCGUGCCCCGGUUCGGCCCCGCGCUAGCUCGUGCGCUCGCGGCCAGAGCUCCUGCCCGGUUUACAAGAACGGCGCCGUGGCGAGAUACGAGUGCAUCAACACGUCGAUGAACCUCGAGCAGUGCGGCGGGUGCGUCACGAGCGGUGGUGGUCUCGAUGGCGUGCGCUCGUUGGACGGUGGGAGGGACUGCAGCGCGAUCCCGCAGGUGGACGAAGUGAGCUGCUUCAAGGGCGAAUGCCACAUCAAAACUUGCCGCGAUGGCUACGAGGUGUCAGCAGAUGGCGAGCGUUGCCAGGUUUCGAAAACCCCCGCCUCUCGCAAGCGCUCUCAGUCCCAGCGCAGGAGGGCCGUUUAA